AUGGAACAUUUAUUUCCUGCUUUCGUCCGCGUUCUCCGGAACUUGGAUGAUGCUGAUGGCUUGCUCGCGAUCUUUCAAGAAUUUGAAAACAACCCCUCGGCUCUUAGUGCAGAGGAUCGCACUCGGCUUCUCGACUUUCCUGACCUUGCAACCCAAGUCGCAAAUAUUGCUGCCACAGCUCCAACAACCUUGAAUAAGCAGGAUUUCUUGAGGAAGGCUGCUGAGUCACCUAGAGAUCUAACUUCCUCUGAGAUUAAUUUGUUGAAGAGGCGCUACUGGGGAAAGCUUACCUUCGACGAAAACGAGGCAUUCGAGGAUGCUCUAGAUACGUUAGCAGGUGUCUCCUAUAAACACCGCACGGAAACCUUGGAGCGUCUGCAGAAUUUCCAGAGUCAUCUCUAUGAGCAGUAUGAAGCCAAGGCAAUCGCAAAUGCGUCUGAUGAAGAGGUCCGACGAGUUGAUGAAAUAACGGAAGCUCGCAAACAAGAGGACUUGGAUAUAAUGUUGCAAAAAGGGCAGCCCUGGCUACGUCAGCUAUGGCAAGAAGAUCAGGGCAAAAAGCCGUGGGGUUAUGCGAUAUUUGAGAACCCUCAAUGGAAGGCCGAGAAUCCCGAUCGUUGGGAAUCUUAUGAUCGAAAGUCGUCGCAUUCAAGGCAUAUGGCUUUUAGCGCGAUAGCAUCCGGUGUCACAAUCCAAGCGAGAUACUCUAUUGAGCCUUUAGAUUGGCCUUCUAAAGCGCCUACGGAUGACGAAAGCUUUCCUGUGAUCUUAAGCGAAUUACGGAAGCAGUUCAACUAUCUCCGAUCGUACCCUCCAAAAAAGGGAAUAGCGGAUCUUCUGAACGAGUUGUCGUGGGGAACUAUUAACUCUAUGCCAGAGGGGCUCACAGAGGGAACUCUGCGGAAUGUUUUUCUAUAUCUAGAUGGCAAUGCUGCAGCCUCUGUUCUGGACAACCGGUUAGCAGAUGAUUUUUGGAUAUGGGCCGUCGACCCAGACUAUGUGGUAGACACCGAAAACCAAAGCUCUAGUGGGUACAAAGGAUACCUGCGCGUUCGUCUCCAGCAGCUUAUAAAUAAUUUUUACGUCGCCCGGCGUUGGCAUGCCGAUGAGAUCUCUAUGGAGGACUUGUGGAAGGCGGCGCAGAAGGAUCCUCACAAUGGCUCGUUUGUUUCAAUGGAAGACGAGGAAAUAUUUUCACAGGACUCAACUUGGGAAGUUGCAACCGCCGUUCGACCAAAACACGCGAGGCUGGGAGCCUCCGAUUGA